UAACAUUUUAACUUUCAUUUUGAAAAAGGAUUUAUGUGUACUUUUUUAUAGAAAUAUGUAAAAUUACACGAAAAACAUAUGUGCAAACUAUUCUGUACAACCCACGUGUGUGAAAGCUUCAACUACCAUCUUUCGUCAACUUCGCGCAACACUUGCGUUCUACCAACGAUCAUCCUGUCGAUAAGAAACAUCUUUAGACACGAUACGGAUCAUUUCGUACCUAGGCGUCAACCGUGCCGAAUCGACUUCAUUAUGCCAGCCUACAGGUGGGUGAACCGUUCCGGCGGUCAAUCGCUGCCAGAAAACGCGGUCAACGGUGGCCGCGACUCUGACGGAUGCUUGAUUUAUGUCGGCAGAGCUUUCCACGCUGGUGACAUGUUGCCAGCGAAAGUGCUUCCCGAUAAGAACGUCGCUUACGUUAGUCACAACGGCGAAGAACAUCCCAAAGAUAAUUUUGACGUUCUUUGCCAAGGCGAAUUUGCAUGGGAAUUCUGCCGCGACGGUGAAGUGCCAACGGAUGCUGUAAUCGCCGGUCAAACAGCGGACGGAGAACCUCUAUACGUUGGCCGUGUCCUCCAUAGUGGAGCUCAAACGGUUGGCAAGGUACAACGAAGUCACGGAUGCCUGUACAUCCCGUUCGAUGGCGAAGAGUUAUCGUUCAAGGAUUACGAAGUGCUCGUCAUGCAUUAACUCGAUUGAAGAUGCUGUAAUACGCAUUUCAUACACGGUCAAAGUUAAUUGAGUUCAAGCAACAACCUCCAAACAAGCAGCUGAAGCAUAAAGAGCCACAUGGAAAAUUAUUGCGCACCGUUUUUUUAUAUUUGCACAAAUCCAUUGAAAUAAAACUAUUAAAUCCGGACAAUUAUUUCCCAUAUUUCGAACGAGCAAUAAAUAAUUUGCAUCGUAGCAUUAUUUAACAAUUCAUACUGUUAUUUAUUAUUUAGCAGUAUAAUUUAUUAUAUCAAUUAAUAUUGUGGCAAAUUUUAAAUGUUUCUUACUAACACAAAUAUCUAUGAUAAGACAUCCUAUUAAUUGUGAUAAUAAAUCGCUACUAUUUCCUUCUCUUA